AUGGAUGAUGGAAAUGCUGAGCUUUCUGAUAAGCUUUCAGAUAAUGUUCUAUUUUUGAAUCCAGAGUCAUCUAGCAGUUUUCAGGUUUCAACAUCUGCGAACACAGUUCCUGAAUUAUGUAGGAGUACCAGCAGAACAUGCACCCACACUCACACUUGCAAUCCACCUGGCCCUGAUGCUGCUCACACACACACAUGCUAUCACACGCACACUCAAAUUUUUGCACCUGAUGACGAGGACAAGGAGCACACCAACUCGAAACCAAAAAGGCCUUCUGGCAACCGAGAAGCAGUUAGGAAGUAUAGGGAGAAGAAGAAGGCACAAACAGCAUACUUGGAGGAGGAAGUUAAGAAAUUGCGUAUGGUGAAUCAGCAACUAGUAAGGAAACUACAAGGGCAGGCACUUCUUGAAGCAGAACUGGCAAGGUUGAGGAGCAUUUUGGCACACCUUAAGGGGAAAAUAGACAGUGAAUUGGGUGCUUUCCCAUUUCAAAAGCAGUGCAACUCGUCUUACAUUUUCAAAGAAGGGGAUGCUGGUUUGCUGUCCACAGCAAGGACAAUUGGUCUUCAGUGUCAGAACAACUUGUCAUGCUUCCAUCCACAUGCAGGAUCAUCAUCCCAGGUCAACAACAUUUGUGAAUAUGGAAAGUCCAUGAGUCCAUGGGAAGGAAACUGCCAACCUGAAGUUGUAGAUUGUCAAGUAGAUGCAAAUAACAUGACCAGUACUGAAGGACAAACUGUGGAUACUGUGGAUAACUUCUUAUCAUCUGCAUCUCAAGAGGGAUAG